GGAGAGCGUGGUCACUGCGAAACUUCAGGGCCGAUACGAUACGUCUCAUCACGUAUAAAACGCAAUCACGUCUUGCUUCCCAUGAUACCUCAUAUUGCGUGAACAUCAUCACGUCGUGACUUCCAAAAGCACAACACUAGGAGGUUAGCAUGUUUUUGCUUACCCAGUGCCAAAUUACCGAAUUCGCCCUACGUUCUUUAUUCGGAUUUUAAUAUCCAGUUAUGAAAGUGUUAAGAGCACGAAUAGAGCUGAACGUGAAAGGCGAAAGAAGCGGUUUUGUCCACGAAUAGGGAGAGGAGGGACCAGUGGUCAACAUGGGAGUCUCGGGACUCCUCCCCUUCCUCCAACGCCCCUCCCACUUGCGACAUGUCAUUACAACCCCAUGGGGCCGUUACCUCCUCCAUCAUUCACCACCACUAGACACACUGACCCACAGUCGGAGGCCUAUCCAUAACUCCCUGAACGCUCGAGGUAUGUGUGUGGAAUCCAACCUCGACAGCGCCAUGGGACUAAGUCCGCCAGAGCAGAGGCUUUUGAACAAGCUGUAUGAAGGACUCAUCUCUGGCCAGCGGGCCUCUCUCGCUGAGUCCAUUACCCUGGUGGAGACCCAGCACCCCAGGAAGAAAGAACUGGCACAGGUCCUGCUGCAGAAGGUGUUGGCCUACAGAAAGAAGCAGGAGAAAGAGAAUGGGGGGAAACCCCUGGCCUUCAGAGUGGGUCUGUCUGGCCCUCCGGGGGCUGGAAAGUCCACCUUCAUUGAGGUGGUUGGGAAGAUGCUCACAGGACAAGGACACAAAGUGUCUGUUCUGGCGGUCGACCCCUCGUCUUGCACCACAGGAGGCUCUCUAAUGGGUGACAAGACGCGUAUGACGGAGCUCUCCAGAGAUAUGAGUGCCUUUGUCAGGCCCUCCCCCACCUCCGGCACUCUGGGAGGGGUCACCAGGACGACCAAUGAGGCCAUAGUACUGUGUGAGGGGGCAGGUUAUGACAUAGUCCUGGUAGAAACUGUAGGUGUGGGCCAGUCAGAGUUUGCGGUUGCGGACAUGGUCGACAUGUUUGUUCUGCUGAUCCCGCCAGCAGGGGGCGAUGAACUACAGGGAAUCAAGAGAGGCAUCAUUGAGGUGGCGGACCUGGUGGUGGUGACCAAAGCUGACGGGGACCUGUUGGUUCCAGCCCGGAGGAUUCAGGCGGAGUACACCAGCGCUCUGAAGCUGCUCCGCAAGAAAUCCAAGUCCUGGAACCCCAAGGUAGUGCGUGUGUCAUCCCAAACAGGCGAGGGCGUCCCAGAGCUGUGGAGUAAGAUGGAGGCGUUCCGCUCGGCUGGGCUGUCCAGUGGGGACCUCCAGGCCCGGAGGAGAACACAACACAGGGUGUGGAUGUGGAGCCUGAUCCAGGAGAAUGUGAUCCGGCACUUCCAGGAGCACCCCGCCGUCAGGGGAGCUCUACCCCAGCUGGAGGACCAGGUCACCAGGGGAGCGAUCUCACCGGGACUGGCCGCCGACCUGUUAUUGAAGGCCUUCUCCUCCUCUUCGUCACUGAGACCUUGAAGCUGUAGGUGUUCGUACUGUUCUGCAUCAGAAGGGGAUGAGACCCUGGUGUGUUGUUAUUGGAUUGAUUACAAUAGUAACUGUCUCAAAGAUCACUGACCCGUAAGGACUUCACAGUCUUUUGUCCAUUCUGAACAACAGCUCAAACUAUGUCUUAAACACUGACUUGAACACUGACGCACUCAUACAAAAGUAGACAUUGCAGUUUGUACUUGAACACUUUUAAUUGAUGCAGUUUUAUUGGUUUUUGUAAUGACUUGAGUAGAAUAAAUUGUUGAACGAGU